AGCGUAGGGGAGGGGACCUGAGAGAAGCGAGAGGAGGGGACGAACCGAGGGGAGGGGAGACCCGCCGCCGCCCUCCCUCGCUCGCUGACUCGCUCCCUCCCGGGCUGCGGCUGCUGCAACGGGGCGGCGGUGGCAGCAGCAGCGGGAGCAGUCUAGAGGCCGGCGUCGAGGAUUGCUGCUGUCUCUGCUGCUCCAGCCUCCCCAUCGAGGUCCUCUCCCCUCUCCCCUCCCAAGAUGGCAGCCAGCAGCUCUGAGGGCUCAGAGAUGAAGGAGAUAGAAGAGGGUCCCCAAACCCAAGGAGAAGGGCCUGGCCAUUCUGAAGCCAAAACUGGCCCUCUCCAGGUCCCAGCUGGGGUCCCAGAUGAGCCAGAGGCCCCGCAGCCAGGCCCAGACAUCACUGGGGCCCCUGUGGACUCAGAAGCUAAACCUGGGCCGGCUCCAGAAACCACAGAGACCCCAACUGGGUCCCCAGAAACAGUCCAGGCCAAGGACCUCAGCUCAAGCCCAGGAGGGGAACCAAAUGCCAACCCCAGCCCCGAAGAAGCAUGCCAAGAGCCAGCACCCAAACCAGAAGGGAAUAAAGAGGUCACUGAAGACAAGGGGUCCGAUCUAGGGUCUGCAGCCCCACUUGAGCCAGCCUCAGAGCCUGCUCCCCAGUUGGACCCCCAGUCAGACCCUCAGCCAGACUGCCAGCCAGGUUCCCAGCCCACCCCCAAGUCAGCUCUUCACCCAGAGCCCCCUACCCAGGAGGACCCCACCCCUGAGGUCCUGACUGAGAAUGUGGGGGAAAAGCAAGAGAAUGGGGCAGUGGUUCCCCUGCAGCCUGGUGGCGGGGAAGAAGGCCCAGCCCCGCAGCCUCACUCGCCAGCCUCAACAAAAACCCACCCAGCCAAUGGGGUUCCUCCCCGAGUGCUGCAGCAGCUGGUCGAGGAGGACCGACUAGGAAGGGCUCACAGUGGGCAUCCAGGAUCUCCCCAAGGUAGCCUGAGCCGCCACCCCAGCUCCCAGCUGGCAGGGUCUGGGGUGGAGGGGGGUGAAGGCACCCAGAAGCCUCGGGACUACAUCAUCCUCGCCAUCCUGUCCUGCUUCUGCCCCAUGUGGCCUGUCAACAUCGUGGCCUUCGCUUAUGCUGUCAUGUCCCGGAACAGCCUGCAGCAGGGGGACGUGGAUGGGGCCCAGCGUCUGGGCCGCGUGGCCAAGCUCUUAAGCAUCGUGGCGCUGGUAGGGGGGGUCCUCAUCAUCAUCGCCUCCUGCGUCAUCAACUUAGGCGUGUAUAAGUGAGGGGCUCUGCCCCGCAUUCCAAGACUUUUCUUCCUGUUGGGAGCUGCCUUGGGCCCAUCCUCCCCUGGGGGGAGCCCAAUCGAUGGCCCAGGCCCGCACCCAUAGGGACCAAGGGAGCCUGAGCGGCCUUGUUUACAGCUUCUUUCCUGCUCCUGCAUCCUGCCAGGCUCCUGUGCCAACCGUAGGCCUCUCUUCUCCCUGCACUGUUUCCAACCUCCCUGCACUUCUGCCUGCAUCCCCUCCAGCCUCUUGGCCUCCCUAUCCCUGCACUUCUGGAAACCUCCCUGCACUUCUGGAAAUCUCCUUGACCUGAACGUCUCCCAAACUCUCUCUGCUCUCAGCCUCCCUGCAUCUCUCCCAGCCUCCCUGCACUCCUCCCAACUUCCCCAAUUCCCUGCACCUCAGCCCUGCUGUCCCCCUUUCAACUUUCAGUGUCUUGGCAUCUUCCCCCAUUCCUUUCUUCUUUCUCCCCUUUAUCAUCUCCCCUUGCCCCUCCACACCCUCUGCCCCCUUCCUCUUCCUGCCUCCUCUCCCCUCAGCAUCCCUUCCUCCCCUCAGGAUCCUCUCCUCCUCCCUCCUGCCACCGUUUUCUCUGCAAAAACUCCAGCACUUAGAUCAGGUUGGGGGAGGGGAGCGGCGUCAGGGGGAGGGCUUCCCAGCCCGGGUUCCGACUAUUUUCUGCUGGGACCACCCAGGUCCUGACGCCUCCAGGGCGCCUCUGGGUUGCAGAGCUGGCAAGCCAGGCCUUGUCUGGGGACUUGUGCAGGGUGUCGGGCACGAUUGCUAGCUCUGUUCUGAGCACGCACCUGGGAGGAAGGGGCGCGGCUGUUGACCUUUCUGAGCCCAAGCUGACCUGCCCCACCUGGGCUUUUAAACCCGCUCAGCGAGUUUCUUAAAUGAGGCGUCGGGGCUGGGGUCAUUCCCGUGCUUUGAAACGAAAGAACCCCGAAAUAGGACCAAAGCUCCCAGAUGCAGGGAGCGAGUGAGGGGCGGGGAGCUCUAUAAUUAUUUUCCAAGAGGACGAGGGAGAUUUGUUGCACGCGACAGUCCGCUAGGGAGGCGGGGACCGAUCUACGACGCUGUUCGGAGUUGGCGGGUUUUGUUUUCUUAAAAAAAAAAAAAAAAGGCGUGGGGAGGGGGAAAACACUAAAAGUCUUAAAAAAAAAAAAAAAGGACACAUCAAACAGAUUCUCCCUUUUUGUAUGCCGGAUGCUGCAUGAGUCUGAAACACCAAUAAACGGAGACUGCAUGAGACUUGCCUCCAGCCUCAGUUGGUCCUUACGUCUGUCCGCCGCCGGGGCCCGCGGUACUGCCCCCUUUCGGGCUGAACCUACUGGGUGUAUGCACAUGCGCCGUCCCGGUGGCCAUCUUUACUGUGGGCCGAAGCCAAUUGUGCCCGAGCCUACCUGCGCAUGUGCACUCCUCCCCUUGCUUUCCUUUUCCAAGUAGCUUGGGCUCGAGCGGAGCCUUCCGCGCCAUCUCUGUGCGCCUGCGUACUGUGACCCUGCGCAGCGCGGGAGGCGGGUCUUAGCUCCAGACCGCACAUGCCUACAGAAUUUGAUUUUGACGACGAGCCAAUGACACCAAAGGACUCCCUGAUCGACCGGAGACGCACCCCAGGAAGCUCCGCCCGGAGCCAGAAACGGGAGGCCCGCCUCGACAAGGUUCUCUCCGACAUGAAGCGACACAAGAAGCUGGAGGAGCAGAUCCUUCGUACUGGCAGGGACCUCUUCAGCCUGGACUCAGAGGACCCCAGCCCCACCAGCCCCCCGCUCCGGUCCUCAGGGAGCACUCUCUUCCCCCGGCAGCGGAAAUACUGAGCACUGCUGCUGCCGUUAGGGUGCAGAGCAUAUACCUUCUGGGCGCCCAUUCCCGAGCCCAGGGCGCUGGGACACUGGGCAAGAGCAGAGAGACUCCCAAGCUCCCAACACUGACCCACGCCAGAAGGGAAACGUGUGUGUGCCUAUGUAUGCUUUCUGUUGAACAUCUCUUUGGAGACCUGGGCUAAAUUCUCUGAAUCUAAAAUAAAAAAAUGCCAAGUUA